CUAGUCUUCAGUCUGAUUUUAAAAGUGGCUGAGGUAACAAGUACUGCAAAAAUUGUCUGUUUCCAUGAUUCACCAUGUAUGAAUUGAGGCCAUUUGCAGCUGUAAUUCUCACAGUUGUCAGUUUGCUGAGCUAUGAUGUCACCGCAGAUGAUAAGAUAUCAGCUUGUAUACAACGAAGUGCGUAUGAUCCAGAGCAGAUUCAACUCACUACCGCUGGAAAUGGCACCACUAGCCUUUUGACAAUUUCGGACCUUCACGAAUCAACCCUACGCAACCAUGUUUUCUACUGCGUUUCCAACGUGGAUGAACUAACCAUCAUAAACAACGAGUUUUCGGCGAUUGAUAAGGAUGCCUUCGCGAAGUAUCAGCAUUUGACGAGCUUAAAUAUGAGUCAAAAUGCCUUCAACACAUUGCUGGACGAUGGAAAGCCGGUUCUUAGAACACUAAAACAGUUGCUCCGUUUGGACCUUAGUUACAAUCAGUUUCGAGUGAUUCUACCAGGCAGUUUUGCAGCUUUAACAAAUCUGACGCAGUUGAUGCUAACCAACAAUCUAAUCGAAUCUAUUCAAUCUGGCGCAUUAGAAGGUCUGCAAGCGUUGGAAGUUCUGGACUUGUCGCGAAAUAAAAUCAACUAUCUACAGUUUGGUGUUCUACGGCAUGUGAAGGGUUUGAAAUUUGUCUCAUUCAGAGGAAACCAGCUGGUGAACUUCAACCGGAGAGUGUUCCAUGGAUUGCGUCAACUGGAAGAGCUGGACUUGAGUGCUAAUCGGAUUGUGAUCUUGCAGGAGUCUAUAUUUGAGUCACUGAUAAAUUUGAAAGUAUUGCUUUUGAAUGACAAUGCACUUGAGAUACUUCCGGACAGGCUGUUUAACUCGCUGGAAAAGUUGGAGUACUUGAGUAUUGCAAACAAUCAGAUAAAAAGUUUGCCAGAGAAUCUAUUCAGUACUUUGACUAGUGUAAAGUUCAUCAAUGCUCAGUCGAAUAAGGUCUCAACAGUAUCAGUGGAGUUGUUCAAGUAUAACAUAAAAUUAGAAGAAGUUAGUGUCAGUGAUAAUUUGAUUAAUUUUAUCCAUGAAGAUACCUUCAGAUACAACAAACAAUUGAAAAAUGUUGACAUCACAAACAACAGGAUAAACUCAUCGUUUUCGCUCAAGUUGCCCCAAAAUAACAGUGUUAAUUUAUACCUAAGUGGAAAUAACUUUGAAAGUUUCAAUAUUCAAGGAAAUGUGUCCCACCUGGCAAUGUGUAACAACAGUAUAACAGAGGUAAAGGACAGUGAUUUCAAGCUGCAGUCACAUUUGAAUAGCCUUUUUUUGGACCACAACUGGAUUAGGUCGAUUGCACGAAAUGCAUUUUCUGAUCUUUCACAGCUGGAAGAGUUAAGUUUAAACUGCAAUCCGGUUGGGCAACUGGAAUCGUCGACAUUUGAAAAUUUGCAUUCGCUUAAAGUUCUUGACAUGACGGACAUGGAUUUGAGGGUAGUUACGGAAGAUUUAUUUAAAUCCCAGAGUCAUCUCAACAUUCUUAGACUGGGCAGCAAUCUGUUGCAUGAGAUUCCAGAGGACAUUUUUUCGUCUAACGUUGAACUGCAAUAUCUCAGCUUAGAAAACAACAAAAUUAUCAAUCUAAGCAGGAAGUUAUUCAAGAAUACGUCAAAUCUUUCCAGUUUGUACAUUCACGAUAAUGACUUAGAAAAGUUGGAGGAUGGCAUAUUUGAUGGGUUGGACAAACUGACUGUAUUGGCAUUGCAAAAUAAUCGACUUUUUGAAAUUAACAAUCGAGUUUUUUCGGGAGUAUCCAAUCUGGAACGCAUCGGUCUCCACAGUAACAGCAUCUAUAAAAUGUCGGAAAAAGCGUUCCGAGGUUUGCUUUUGCUGAAAGUAAUUCAUUUGUACGACAACCGCAUCAAAGAAAUUUCGCCAAAUCAAUUUGAGGAUAAUUUGCUGCUCGAGGAAAUAGUCUUAAGAGAUAAUCUAAUUGAUGAGCUGCCACAGAAUACAUUCCGAUCCUUAUCAAUCAAAAACAACCGCCAAGAAUCUCGGAAAGCCGAGAACUCCCCAGAGUCCAGCGGUGCUGUAGGCAGAUUGGGAACCUGCUGCGGAAAGAUGGUGGCGGGGUGGCCACUUCGUGCAGUUAAACCAUACCAAACCAGACAGCAUCAGCAGACACUUGAGAAAAAAAAGUCAGUCGAUAAUUGCUUGUGGUAAUUCUUCCGCUGCCACCGUUUGAGAUCGUUACGCUCGGAUCCCGCAAGGCCCCAGGGGGUCCACCUCACCGUUUCGUGAAGGCGCGGAUUUAAACAGGAUGUUCUGGAACUCCCGGGCAUCAGCACGGCUGACUGACGGCUGCUGCUGCUGCUGCUGCUGGAUGGCCAAAAACAACCCCGAAAAAAAGAAAAAAGAGAAAAUCGAUUCUUUGCGAUACGGGAGCCAAGGAACGUCUAAAAAAUGAUCAUAAUUAUCCGUUAAUAAUCGUAUAAUAAAUAGAUGAAUUAUGAUCGAAUUUAGCUACGCGAGGAAUCCACGGUCCAAAAUCUAGGCGCAAAGGAAGAGAAAGAUACAGGCGCAGACACAGGGGCCAAAAACGGCCAAACGGCACAAGUGGCCAGUGUGGUUACCGGUUAGGGUGGUACCAAAUCGUUUUCGACAGACAAAUGAAAUUUAUUCCUCAUUACGGUUGAGGAAUGGGAGAUUGGGUGUGUAUUUGUACUUGGAGUUGGAGUUGGCUUAAAUUUAGCAACUUUACUUAGAUAUUUUUGUUGCAGUUGGAUUUGGAAGAGUA